AAAAACAAGACGUCACGAAGAGAUGGACAUCACUUCGUUCGACCCCUUUUCCCGACGACACUUCUUAACCGGUCAUUUCUCAACCCCCACGCCCUCGCUCAUCAUCUAUAUAAGACUCGAGGAUCAUCGGAUCAACAUCGUCGUCCGGAGAUGUUCCGCGAGAUAUUAGCAAUUGUUAUUUUCGCGGCGUUCGCCAGCGCAAUUCCGGUCGAUAAUGGUGUCGAAGGAGAGCCAGAAAUUGAAUGUGGUCCAGCCUCGAUUACGGUUAAUUUCAAUACGCGUAAUCCAUUCGAAGGACACGUCUACGUGAAAGGACUUUACGAUCAAGAAGGGUGUCGCAAUGAUGAAAAUGGCCGUAGUGUUGCCGGUAUCACGCUGCCGUUCGAUACGUGUAACGUUGCUAGAACUCGCUCGUUAAACCCACGCGGUAUCUACGUGACGACCACUGUAGUCAUCUCAUUCCAUCCACUCUUCGUUACGAAGGUUGAUCGUGCUUAUCGUGUACAAUGCUUCUACAUGGAAGCCGACAAAACAGUUAGCACUCAAAUUGAAGUGUCCGAGAUUACAACUGCCUUCCAGACACAAAUUGUACCCAUGCCAGUGUGCAGAUACGAGAUUCUUGACGGUGGACCAAGUGGACAACCAAUUCAGUUCGCAUUGAUAGGUCAACAAGUAUAUCACAAAUGGACCUGUGAUUCAGAAACCGUUGACACUUUCUGCGCAGUUGUGCAUUCAUGCUACGUGGAUGACGGUAAUGGUGAUAAGGUUGAGCUGAUCAAUGAAGAGGGCUGUGCGCUUGAUAAAUACCUUCUCAACAACCUUGAAUAUCCAACCGAUUUGAUGGCAGGACAAGAGGCACACGUCUACAAAUAUGCAGAUCGAUCGCAAUUGUUCUAUCAGUGUCAGAUCAGAAUAACGAUCAAGGAACCAAACAGUGAAUGUGAACGACCCAAGUGUACUGAACCACAAGGAUUCGGAGCCGUCAAGGCAGGUGGAGCCGCAGCCGCAGCGCCAAGACCAGCACUUCGACUUCUCAAGAAACGUUCUGCCGAUUACGAUAACACAAUGGACGUACGCACUGAUAUCAGCACUCUCGAUAUCUCUGAUCAGGAACAAGCCCUUCCGGUCGACCUCCGUCAUCGGGUACGUCAUCACUACGGUCAACCAGUGGUACUCUCAACCGUCCAAGGUGGUAUUUGCAUGUCUCCAAUGGGCUUCUCGAUGUUCAUGGGAUUGGGUGUGGUAGUUAUUGCAGCAGUCGUUGUACUUAUUUCGUUCAUGCGUCAGCGCAAAUACUGA